AUGGCGACCGACUCCAGCACCCAGACCGAGACGCUGCCCGAGAUUGACGAGGAUGACUUCGUGAUCAUCACCCACCAAGAAGCCAACGCGUCGAGGCGCCCACGAUUCCUAAACGACAUCAGCGACUACAUCGACAGCGUUGCCGAGGAGCUAUGGCCCAUCAACAAGAAAAUCCACGACAGACCUGAGCUUGGCUAUGGCGAGGUCAUCGCCCAUUACACGUUGACGGCGUACAUGAAGUCGCAGCCAGGAUGGACAGUGACGCGGUCGGCAUACGGCAUGAAGACGGCUUGGGUUGCUGUCUACGAUACUGGCAGAAGGGGACCUUGUGUUUCAUUCAAUGUUGAGAUGGACGCCCUCCCCGCCAUCGGCCACGCUUGCGGCCACAACCUAAUCGCCACUGCCUCCCUCGCCGGCGCCCUUGCCACCGCCCACCUCCUCUCCCUCUACUCUCUCCCAGGUCGCGUCGUCCUCUUCGGCACUCCGGCGGAAGAAGGCGGCGGCGGAAAGAUCCGUCUGCUCGCUGCGGGCGCCUACAAAGACCACGGUGUCGACAUCAGUCUCAUCUCCCACCCGGGCACGAUUGGCGACUGCGCUCUCACACACACGACCGCGUACAUCCGAAUCAAGGUGGAAUAUUUCGGCCGGGAAGCGCACGCUGCCGCGGAGCCAUGGUUGGGGGUUAAUGCCCUGGACGCCCUGAUCACCGCGUAUAAUGGGAUCAGCGUGCUGAGGCAGCAGACUAUGCCGAGUGAUAUCAUCCAGGGACAUAUCACUGAUGGCGGGGCGAGGCCAAAUAUUAUACAUGCGUAUGCGGCGGGCAUCUUUGUUGUUCGGGCAGCUACGCAGAGGAGAUUGGAGGACCUGGUCGGGAAAGUGAUGGGGUGUUUUGAUGCGGGUGCUAUGGCUACCGGGGCCAAGGUCAAGGUGACGCGGCUGAUGGCUUAUAAGGAUCAUGUGCCUAAUCGGUUGCUGGGGAGGAGUUACGUGCGGUACUUCAAUCCGCUGGUCCCCGAGGAAGGGGAUGGAGGGAGGGAUGGUGAUGGGAAUGAGGCUGGUGGACCGCACAAGAUUUCGGAGGACCAGGAUGUGGAUGAGAUGAGGGGACAGAGUGGUGCCAGUUCGGAUCAGGGCGAUAUUGCUCAUGCGAUGCCGAGUAUCAUGCCCGGGUUCGAGAUUCCACCAGGGCCGGGAGGGGCAGGGCCGCAUAAUCCGGGCUUUGCUGAGAGCGCGGGUACGAGGUUGGCGUUUGAGAGGAGUUUAAGGGUUGCAAAGGGUUUGGCUGGCACGGCUGUGGAUGUGUUGACUGUCGACGGCCUGUUGGAGGAAGUCAAGAAAGAGUGGAAGCGAUCGAUGAACGGGGGCAGGUGA